AUGCCACAACAACAAGAACAACAACAUGAAUAUCAAAUAGUAUGUCAUUCCAUAAAGGUUAAACGAUCUAUCAACAACGAGGGAACACAGAAAUAA